GCUGAACAUAUUGUGAUUUAAAAAUUAUGUUUCCAUUAAGAAAUAUAUUGAAAGCCUCUUGAAUUGAAUACAUUAUACUGCACGUUAUGUCUCUCAGAAUUUAUUUUCUCCGUAACACUGUUUGUUAUUUAAAAUGGUACAUCAUCAAUUAUUACUUCAUAUUUAAAUUCAGUGCAUUCUACAUGUGAUAUGAGCAUCCUAUUAGCCGGCAUCUAAAUAUAACACGGUAAUGUGGACAACACUUACCAAAGGGGAGACAUAUAUGUUGACAUAUCUAUUGACUUGUUGAAUAUCAAGUUUAGAUUUGCGUAGGUUUUCUUUGCAUAUAAUUAAAGUCUUAGGUGGACAUACGUGAAGGCCUUUGUUGUUCGGGUUAACGGUUGAUGGAUAUGUAUCUUUCCGAACCAAUCACCUAUGUGUGUGUGUGUGUGUGUGUGUGUGUGUGUGUGUGUGUGUGUGUGUGUGUGUGUGUGUGUCGUCAGGGGUGAGGGUCACAGAUUUCGAUGUUCAUACAAUAACUUUAACACUUGUAUCUUUACCUUGUUGUCUCAUUGCGCUAAUGUCUAGUUUAAUUUCUACCGUAAGGCCUAGUUGUCUUUCUACCCUGAUAUUUUGAAAGCAUACAAUUAGAAAUGUCAAUCUCCUGCUCUCCAUAGUUUUUCUGGGCUCCCAGAGCAUCUUUGUAUGUUGCUCCCAGCAUCACAGUACACUCUGCUGCACUAUGUGGAGGAGUGACAUGAAGGUGUGGUUGUAAAGUCAGCAAAUGUCUGAUGCUUUUGGUCCUGCUUCUCCAUUCCUUUUCUUAGCUGUGUCUCUGUCCAUGGUGCUGGAUAGUUUGUAUAGAGCUGUACACCGUCUUAACUCCUUCAUGAAGAUCAUACGGUUCAAUUCGAUAUUUUUUAAAAGUUUUCAUUGGGUUUCAUUAGCAUUGAUCAACAAUUACCUGCAUAUGGUAUGCAUAUUGGGCAAUGUCAUGUUUACUUAAUUCAAAGAGAGUUUUAAAGAAAGAAGACAGAUCUACUGAAUAGAGUACUACCUUUUGGUUUUCCACGAGUUAUGAGUUAUGGCCCCUCUCAAUGUGUUAUACACCCUGAUGACUCAGGAGGUCGCUAUGCACCUGCAAUAGAGUAGACCUGCAACAUAAUAUAAGAGUCAGCCGUUCCAUCCAACAGCUCGUCACGAGAGCAGUACAAAGCCGAGUUCCGUAGAAAAGCGGUCGUCUAUCAAAUGCCGAUGGUCGUUCUAUAUUUUUUAUCAAUUCCGUUUCCUUAGUGCUUUGUUAGAUAACCCGAACCUAUAUCGUCUUUAUUGUUUUUUUGCUCGGUUUAGAAGGAUGGAAUAUUGCGGGAUGGGUAAUUUCGUGUUUUUAUUUUUAGUAUCUGGACUGCAUUCUAUUCAUGGCGACCUGAGCUAUUCAGUUCAAGAGGAGAUGAAGCGUGGAUCUGUUAUUGGGAAUAUCGCCAAGGACCUCGGACUUACAUUGGACAUAUUAUCUUCUAGGAAGGCUCGUAUUGAAUCAGAGGAAAACGAACGGAGGUAUUGUGACGUCAAUCUACGAAGCGGAGAGCUCAUUGUUUCAGAGAGAAUCGACAGAGAGGAACAAUGCGGACAAAAACCUUCGUGUGUUCUUAAAUUCGAGCUCCUUUUAGAGUCUCCCUUAGAAUUACACCGUGUGUCACUACAGAUACAAGACAUAAACGACAAUGCACCGAGUUUCCCGACGGAUAAAAUCAAGCUGGAAAUAAGGGAAUCUGCUGUCAAAGGAGCUCGGUUUCGCGUGAAUGCGGCUCACGAUGAAGACAUAGGCCAAAACGGUGUUCAGAGUUAUAGUCUGCAACGAAAUGAAUACUUUGUGUUCAAUAUACAAUCUACAAGUGCUGGCACUAAAUAUGGCGAAUUGGUUUUACAAAAGGAAUUAGACAGAGAAGAGCAGAAGGAAAUUAAAUUGUCUCUUUUAGCCCUGGACGGUGGAUCUCCUCAGAGAUCAGGCACAGUAGUCAUACACGUCACUGUGUUGGACGCUAAUGAUAACGCCCCAGUGUUUAGUCAGGCCGUGUAUGUGGCCAGUCUGCCUGAAAACGCUCCGCUGAAAACCCGUGUGGUGACUGUUAGCGCUGCGGACGCAGACGAGGGUGUUAAUGGAGAAGUAACAUAUGAACUAGGCCGGAUAUCUGAUAGGUCACGAAAACUGUUUUCACUCGAUGCACAGACUGGAGAAAUAUUUGUUACAGGUGAAAUAGACUUCGAGGAGGGAACCAAAUAUGAAAUAAUUGUGCAAGCAAAAGAUGGAUUUGGUAUUUCCUCAGACUCUCAAGUUCUUAUAAGUAUUACAGAUGUUAAUGACAAUGCUCCCGUCAUAUCACUGAAAUCAGCAACCAAUCCCGUACCUGAGAACGUGUCACCUGGUACGGAGGUGGGCCUUAUUAACGUGCAGGAUAGAGAUUCAGAGAAAAACCGAAAGGUUAGGUGUUUUCUUCAGCAACAUGUUCCUUUUAAACUUAUUCCUUCCAUUAAAAACUAUUAUUCUUUGGUAACAACAGAGAAACUAGACAGGGAACUGGUGUCUGAAUACAACAUUACAAUAUCUGCCACCGAUGAGGGCUCUCCUCCUCUGUCGUCAGUUAAAGUUGUUCACAUCUCAAUAGCUGACGUCAACGACAACCCACCUGUGUUUGAGGAGCAGUCGUAUAGCAGCUAUGUCCCUGAGAACAACAAACCGGGCCACAGCCUGUGUUCUGUUAAGGCCCAUGACCCAGACUGGAGACAAAACGGUACAGUGAUCUAUUCUCUUUUACCUGGUGAAGUCAACGGUGCUCCAGUCUCCUCUUAUCUAUCUGUUAACGGAGACACCGGAGUGAUCCAAAGUGUCAGGCCUUUUGAUUAUGAACAGUUAAGGAGCUUUAAAGUCUAUGUAAUGGCACGAGACAACGGUUCUCCUCCGCUCAGCAGCAACGUGACUGUGAGUGUCUUCAUAACGGAUGCAAAUGACAACACUCCUCAGAUACUUUACCCCGCCCCAGAGGGAAACUCCUUCAUGACUGAACUGGUACCCAAAGCUGCACAAGGAGGUUCUCUGGUUUCCAAGGUGAUAGCAGUUGAUGGGGACUCUGGACAGAAUGCCUGGCUGUCCUAUCAGAUCAUUAAGUCCACUGAUCCGGGACUUUUCAAAAUCGAUUUGCACAGUGGGGAGAUCAAGACCCAGCGAGACAUUUCUGAUUCUGACAACAUGAAACAGAACAUUGUAGUCACUGUAAAGGAUAACGGACAGCCCUCCCUCUCUGCUACAUGUUCCAUGUUUUUACUGAUUUCUGAUAACUUGGCUGAAGUACCCGAACUGAAGGACAUGGCUUAUGAAGAAAGCAGUUCUAAAUUAACAUCUUAUCUGAUCAUCGCGCUGGUAUCCGUCUCCACCUUUUUCCUGACUUUCAUUAUUAUCAUUCUGGGAUUGAGGUUUUGUCGGAGGAGGAAGCCCAGACUGUUAUUUGAUGGAGCGGUUGCUAUUCCAAGCUCUUACCUCCCUCCAAACUACGCAGAUGUGGACGGCACUGGAACUUUACGCAGCGCAUAUAAUUAUGAUGCGUAUUUAACCACUGGAUCUAGAACAAGUGACUUUAAAUUUCUCACAUCUUACAAUGACAACACACUGCCUGCAGACCAGACCCUGAGAAAAAAUCCAACAGACUUUGAAGAAGUGUUUGGAGACAUCGAUUCUUCACCUGAGCAAAAGCCUCCCAACAACGACUGGCGCUUCACCCAGGGUCCGAGACCUGGACCUAGCGGUCCUCAAAUGCCAUACGCCACACACAUACGAUGGACAACGAAGGAUGGCACAAGGGCUGCUGGAGGACCCGAGGUUGCCAUGGGAACCGGCCCCUGGCCCCAGCCUCCUACCGAGGCCGAACAGCUCCAGGCCCUGAUGGCGGCCGCCAACGAAGUGAGUGAGGCCACUGGCACCCUGGGACCCGGCACCAUGGGACUGAGCACGCGCUACAGCCCCCAGUUCACCCUGCAGCACGUCCCCGACUACCGGCAGAACGUCUACAUCCCGGGCAGCACCGCCACCCUGACCUCCAACCCCCAGCAGCAGCUGAUGCAGCAGCAGCAGCAGCAGCAGCAGCAGCAGCAGCAGCAACAGCAGCAGCAGCAGCAGCAGCAGCAGCAGCAGCAGCAGCAGCAACAGCAGCAGCAGCAGCAGCAGCAGCAGGCGGCUGCCCAGCAAGCCCCACAGCAGGCCCUGCCCCCAUCCCAGGCCUCUGCCCAGGUGGAGCCCCCCAAGGCGGCCCAGACCCCCGCCUCCAAGAAGAAGUCCACCAAGAAGGAGAAGAAGUAGGAAGAUGGAUGGAGGACGAGGGAAGGCGGCUGGAGGAGGCGAUGCAGUCCCCAGCCUCCUCGACCACUGAUGAUGGAUCAUGAAAAAAAUAAAGAAAAAGGAACAAAAAAAAAAAACUUCCCUCACUGCCCCCCGCAACCCACCCCUACUCCCCUCCCAGCCAGGGCAGCUGAUUGCUCUGCUGCCCCCACCCUCACCCAAACCCGCCCGCUCUCACCCACCAACCGAUUUACAAAUCACGCGGACACCGUUGGGUGGGUUCUUUGUAAAGUGUCUCUGGAAGAGCCUUGAGGAAGUUGAAUGUGCUUGAAGGCUGUCGUAUAUAUUUACUUGUCGGAGAACGGUGUCCCUUUGGCAGCGCUUUCUCCUCGUAUUGCUCGUGUAAUCAUUGAUGGUAAACAAGUCUAUUCUUUUGUGGGGGGGAAGGGGGGAGGGGGUUGUGGGUGUGACAGGUUGCUGUAUUUGAUGUCCAAUUCAAAAGAGCUUGGUGUUCGCUUCCUACGAACAGGCCGGCUGUGAGGAGCCUCACAGCGCCGUCCAGGCUGUACCCAGUGGUGUAUUCAGAGAUGAAGAUUUGUGGCGUGUUUUCAAGUAGGAUUUGUUCCACUCUUUCCCUAGAUGGAAAACAGCCAUCUAUUGUAAAGUACGCUAGAUUGCCACUUGAUUACUCCUACGUAGGCUCUACUAUGUAGGAUUAGGGGGGGACAAAAAUCACAAACACGCAACUCCUAUACUUGCUAUUGUUUGAACAGGUAUUAAUCGCUCCGCUGCAUGCUGUUUUUAGGUUCAAACCACGUGUAUUUUAAAUGGUUGCAAAACUAUGCAUCGCAAAAGCAAGGAGGACGUCUUUAGUCUCAUGUCCCUCCGUCCAAAAACGCAGGUCAACACGAUGCACACGUAGCAUUUACUUGACAAUAAAUACAGGGGGGGUGCGGGGACACACUUUUGUAAGCAUAGUGAAAAAAUAAAAUGAGACUUUGAUCUCACGAUUUCUAUGACUAAUCCGAGCAUGUUCCCUCAGGAAGGUUCUGUCAGAGGGCUCUGUGGGCAGGACCUUGGGUCGUUCCUCAGAGCUACCGGAGGAACACUAGCAUUAGCCUACGCUAACAAACAAACCCUCCGUCCCUCAACCUUCCAGACCCGCUUGUAGGCCCCCCCCCCUCCCCCGCCUCUUGUGGCGGCCACAGUCUUAGAGCCAAACGAUAAGAAACGCACUGUUAGUAUGAUAAACCAUGAGAUGACAUAGGGGUAGUAAUCACUUCAGUCUUUAGGGGAUAAACAACAUGUAGACGUGUUCAGAUGAAGAAAAAAAAAAACGAUGUUCGUGCUUAGGAGUUUCUAGAACUCUUGCAGGCUGCUAGGGCCUCUACUGAGUACCCCUCUCCCCCCCCUCCCCCCCCCCCAACACCCACACACAUCCCCCACGACUUCCCCUCGACCCUAAAGUGCUGGUAGUAUCUCCUGACACGAGAAGACUCUCCUUCGUUUUUCUUUUUAAAAAGAUAAGCUUGAUAGCGUAGAGGUUGUCGUUCAUACCAGAAGACAUGAAGUGGUUCUUACUCGCCAUAUUGUCUGUCCGCCAAGAGACCACGGCUGGACGCCACUGCAUGACUAGAUGAAGGUGUCGUGGAGAGGGUUGAGCUGUCAGGGGGGAACGCUUUGGGGUAGCAGGAUUAGGGUGAGACUAAGGAGUGAGACUCAAACCUGGUUCUCGCGUGCUGAAAGUAGUACCCCGGUUCAGCCGCUGACCUCCCGCUUGGCUACCUUUAAUGCGCUGAGCCACAUGGAGCUCAGCACAUCGGCCCAUGUUGGAGAGGAGGGUAAACCACUUGAGGAUCAAGCAGCGAGGGGUGGUUCAGUCCUCCUUGGUAAUCCACCCUUACAUCCACAUUGUAAUGCCAAGCUCAGGCGCUCUACCACUUAGUCCAACCCUCUGGUUCUGUGGAGGCUCUUCCCCUCUGUAAAUAAACACACGUCCUGUCGAUGGUAUGAGCCAGUUGUAUAGUAGGGACCACGUCCAGCGUUUUCAAAAUAAGAGUCCCCCCCCCAUCCACAAGACGUGGCUUACUACUGGAAUGUGUUGCAUUUUUUUUUUCACAGUAAAAAAAAUAAGUUGAAAACCACAGUAUAAAAAGAAAAAGAUAAAAAGAAUAAAAAUCGGAGAUGUUCUUAAACAGUUUGUGUUGCAAUGUAGUAACUAAGCACCAUGGAAGCCAACUAACUUUUCAGUGUAAAUAAAUGAAUUAAAAUGACGAUAACUUUAGAUGAUAAGUAUACAAAGUGACACGCGUAGACUAGUUAACUCUUAAUAUGUGUUGCGCAUAUUUUUGUGUUCAUUUUCUCUCUAUUAUCUAUUUUAUCACCCUGUAAAGAAAAGAAACCACAAAAAAAUAUAUUGGAAAUGUUUCUAUCCUUCUGUAACCUCUUUAUGUUCUUUUGCUGUGAUUUUAUCUUGUGCAUUUGUGAAAGAAUGCCUCUUUCUGUCCAUAUGAACAAACAACUAUAAAUAUUAUAUGUGUAAGUCUGUCCGCUGCGGAAUUAAUCCUACUCUAUCCUGCUGUAUUAUCUUUCUUAUAAAUGCUUAGCCCCCACGCUAUACCCCUGUGUUAUUCUCUUAUUUUGAUGCUAAUAUUUAUAUUGCUGUUUUAUUUUCUCUUGAACACUGACAUUUCAAAUAAAAGAUUCAUUUUAAAAGCUA